AUGUCGGAAACACUGCCGAAUAAUAAGAAGCAAGUUCCACGGCAGCUGCGUGAACGCAAGCAGCGAAAACUUUAUUCUGAUGAGUGGGCCCUUGGUGAUGAUGAAGCUGAGGGUGGCCGGGGAUUUUCCCUGGCUGAUAAACUGGAUAGUUCAAGAUUUGAACAUUCCGGGGAUGUUUUGGAUAUGCAGGGCUCUGAUCUAACAAUAACAUAUCUCCAAAAGCAUGGAUUCACAACUCCGCUUCUUUUCAAAGAUAAAGCAGGAUUAGGCCUAAGAGUGCCGACAAGCAAUUUUACGGUGAACGAUGUACGCAUGUGCGUUGGAUCGCGACGCCUCCUCGACGUUAUGGAUGUAAAUACACAGAAGAACAUCGAAAUGACUAUGAAGGACUGGCAACGUUACUAUGACGACCCAAACAAAGAGCGUCUUUUGAACGUGAUUUCCCUAGAGUUUUCUCACACGCGUCUAGAGAACUAUGUACAAGCUCCCCGUAUAGUACGCCUUAUUGACUGGGUCGAGACUGUAUGGCCGAGACAUUUGAAGGACCAACAGACGGAGUCAACAAACGCCUUGGACGACAUGAUGUAUCCCAAAGUACAAAAGUAUUGUCUGAUGUCCGUGAAGGGCUGUUACACGGACUUCCAUAUUGACUUUGGCGGGACAUCUGUUUGGUAUCAUAUACUGCGAGGUGCAAAAGUAUUCUGGCUAAUUCCACCGACAGAACGCAACCUUCAGUUAUAUGAGAAGUGGGUGUUGUCUGGAAAACAAUCUGAUGUCUUCUUCGGUGACACAGUUGAAAAGUGUAUACGGGUUCAUUUACAAGCGGGGCAUACAUUCUUCAUACCGACUGGUUGGAUACACGCUGUAUACACACCAAGUGACUCUCUGGUCUUCGGGGGUAACUUUCUUCAUCAGUUUGGUAUAGAAAAACAGCUUAAAAUCGCCCAAGUCGAAGAUGUUACUAAGGUGCCACAAAAAUUCCGUUAUCCAUUCUUUACGGAAAUGCUAUGGUAUGUGUUAGAUCGCUAUGUGUGUGCGUUACUCGGCCGGUCUCAUCUUGCUCCUGAGGGUCAAAACCCACCUCCAACGGCUCCUAAGGAACAUAUACAUCUUACUCAAAAUGAGCUGCACGGAUUAAAGGAAAUAGUACUAUAUCUGCAUCAAUUGCCUGCCGCACGUAAAUCAGUUCCCGAAUUACUCAGCGAUCCCAUAGCAUUGGUUCGGGAUGUGCGGACCUUGGUGGAACAACAUCGUCAUGAUAAACAACAACUUGCGAUUACUGGACAGCCCAUAUUGAAAGGUCCAGAUGACGCUGGCGGUGAAAGGAUUCGCCAAUGGGGUGGCGGUAGAGGGCGUGGUGGGCAUCGCGGUGGUCCCGCCAGACCACGUCCCGAACAUGCCAAUAACGCACCUAGGCGACGCCGAACCAGGUGUAAGAAAUGUGAAGCUUGUCAGCGUACAGACUGCGGUGAAUGUGUGUUCUGUCAUGAUAUGGUCAAAUUCGGAGGGAUGGGUCGAGCUAAACAGACUUGUGUUAUGAGGCAGUGCUUACAGCCAAUGUUGCCUGUCACAGCAUCUUGUGCCGUUUGUCACUUGGAUGGAUGGAUGCAAACUCCGGUUGCACCUCAGGCUAAAGGAAAUGCUGGUCGAAACGGUUCUUCAUUACUUCGUGAAUGCUCAGUAUGCUACAGCAUAGUACAUGAAACCUGUGUGCCAGCUGGAGGACAGUUGAAUGAAGACUUGCCUAACUCCUGGGAGUGUCCCACUUGUACUACUAUGGGACUUAACCAUGACUACAAGCCGCGCCAUUUCCGUGCCCGUCAGAAAUCUUCCGAUCUUCGUCGUAUGAGUGUUAGCUCCGACGCCAGCCAACUCAGUCAGAAUUUACAAAAUAAAUUACCUCCUCCAUCAUCAAUGUCGGUGAAGACUGAAGCCACUUCUGAUGCUGAGAAUAAGGGUGAUAUGCCAAUUAAAACUGAAAUGGACGUGAAACAAGACGACGAAGUCAAAGAAGCAGGCGAUAGUGCUGAUAGGGGUGAGGACUGGGAACCAAACAGCAAGAGGCGACGAGCCAGUGAUGAAGAUGAGGCACCGAAGAAACAGGCUUUGAGGGCGCAUUUGGCUUUGCAGCUUACUCACCACUCCGCGAAGCCCCUAAAGAAACCCUUAUAUCCGGUUCGCCCAGCUCCGAUCUCCAUAUCAAACCUGGCUGGUACUCCGUGGCUGGAUCGAGACGCGAUGUUGAGUGUCUUUGCAAAACUCACGCCGCAUGAAUUAGCCACUUGUGCGCUUGUAUGCAAGGCCUGGGCUGAAUAUUCGAUGGACCCAUGUCUAUGGCGUAGCAUGUCGUUUGUCCAAGUGCGCGUAUCGGCCGCUCAGUUAGCAGGCAUUGCGCGACGACAGCCCUUAUCUUUAGGCCUUGAGUGGUGCCAUUUAGCACGACGACAACUUGCCUGGUUACUGGCAAGGCUCCCAGCCCUUCGAUCAUUAUCUCUCGCUGGUUCCCCUGCCGAGGCAGCCCUAGCGCUUCGAUCCAGCUCGUGUCCACCCUUAACAUCACUGGAUCUAUCUUUCGCCCGUUGCCUUGACGACCCGAAACUCCGGGGCAUUUUAGCCCCACCGGAGAACUCCCGCCCAGGGGGUGGUGCCCGUUCGGGGACUGAGCCGUCUCGAUUAGCAGCACUUGCGGUCUUGCGGCUCCCAGGAACUGAUAUCACUGAUGUUGCUAUGCGAUAUGUUGUGCAGGCUUUACCAAAGCUGGUAGAACUUGAUGCUUCGUCCUGCGCACGUUUAACAGACGCUGGCGCAGCACAGUUGGCACAUCACGGCCUUCGGCGAUUGUCUCUGGCCGGAUGUCGAUUGCUGACCGAGGCUUCAUUGGACCAUCUUACUCGUUGCCCUAAUCUUGAGCGAUUGGACCUACGACACGUGCCACUGGUCUCAACGCAGGCGGUUAUCAAAUUCGCAGCCAAAUCCAAGCAUGACUUGCACGUGAAGGACGUUAAACUGGUCGAGUUGAGGGCCACCUGA